GAGGAGAAGUUUGGUGAAUUAGUUAGCUAAGUUUACCGUCGCUGUUAAGAGAAGUGCCAAAGAAAAAGGAUAUAACACAGUUUCGUGGGCACGACCCUGAUGUUUGAAACACACGGGAGUAUUAUCUUUUGGCACACAACUUAGUAGUAAACUAGUAUAGCUGUGCACGUUAUUGAAGUCUAAUUACUCCAACCUGAGACGGAGCUCAGCGCCCUCGCGCUGGUGACUCUAUGUGGAUUUUACAGAAAAUAUGGGCCAAUUUCCCGGUAUCUCUUCGGGCAAAGUUGUUUUCCUUGUGAUUUGCUACAUCCAGUUGUCAUUCGCUCUGCAGUGCCUGGAUAAUACAAAGCCAUGUGUGAACAACGCCACCUGCCACAAGUUCAACAACACCACCGGAUACUGCAGGUGUAACCCUGGCUACCUGGGCGAGUACUGCCAACACAAGAACCCAUGCUACCCCGGCUUCUGCAAGAACGGCGGGAACUGCACCGUGAGCGUGCACGGCGUGCCCGGAAGCCCCACGUGCGUGUGCCCGCUGGGUUUCGCCGGUCCGUUAUGCCAGACGCCCCAGAACUCCACGUGCUACCCCAACAACCCCUGCAAGCACCAAGGCACCUGCAGCCUGCUGGCCCUGGACAAGUACCAGUGCCACUGCACCCACGGAUGGACAGGUCACGACUGUGAGCAAGUGGACAGCUGCGUCUCCAGCCCGUGCGCCAACGGUGGCACUUGCGCGGUCCAGUCGAGCGGCGCGUACUCGUGCACGUGCCCGUCCGGCUGGGAGGGCCCGCACUGCGAGAACGACACGGACGAGUGCGCCGACACCUCCUCGCCGGCGCCCGUCUGCCACAACAAGGGCCAGUGCAUCAACACGCUGGGCUCCUACCAGUGCAGCUGCCCGCAGGGCUUCACCGGACGCCACUGCGAGACCCCCUACCAGCCCUGCUCGCCCACACCGUGCCAGAACCAAGGCACCUGCCGACCCACCUCUGACUUCAACUAUCAGUGCCACUGCCUGCCAGGAUUCAACGGAACAAACUGUGAGAUUAACAUCGACGACUGCCCUUCCCAUGACUGCCAGAAUGGCGGAACCUGUAUGGACGGAGUCAACACCUACAACUGCCAGUGCCCUCCUGAAUGGACAGGUCAGUACUGCACAGACGACGUGGACGAGUGCCACCUGCAGCCCAACACCUGCCAGAACGGCGGCACGUGCAACAACAUGCCGGGCAACUACAACUGCGUGUGCGUCAACGGCUGGAGCGGCCCGGACUGCUCGGAGAACAUCGACGACUGUGCCACAGCCGCCUGCAGCAUGGGGUCCACCUGCGUGGACCGCGUGGCGUCCUUCAUCUGCGUGUGCCCCCACGGCAGGACAGGCCUGCUGUGUCACAUAGAAGACGCCUGCAUGAGCAAUCCCUGCCGCGACGGCUCGCAGUGUCACUCCAACCCCAUCAAUGGCAUGUACAACUGCAACUGCCAGUCAGGGUACAGGGGCAGCACCUGCUACGAGGACAUCGAUGAGUGCAGCAUUGGUACGAACCCCUGUGAGCACAACGGGCUGUGUAUGAACACGGACGGCUCGUUCACCUGUAACUGCGCCCAGGGAUACACAGGGCCGCGCUGCGAGCAGGAUAUCAACGAGUGCCUGUCCAACCCCUGCAAGAACGAUGCCACCUGCCUAGACCAGAUUGGAAAAUACACAUGCAUCUGCAUGCCAGGCUUUGAAGGUGCACACUGUGAAAACGACAUUGAUGAGUGCAACAGCUCUCCUUGCCUGAACAGCGGGAAGUGCAGAGACGAAGUCAGCCGCUUUGUCUGCGAUUGUCCUCAAGGAUUUGCUGGUGAGACGUGUCAGGUUGACAUUGAUGAAUGUUCCAGCACACCCUGCCUCAACGGCGCUAAAUGCUGGGACCGGCCCAAUGGCUACGACUGUGAUUGUGCCGAAGGAUACAAGGGUCCGCUGUGCGAGGAGAAUAUUGACGACUGCAACCCCAAGCCCUGCCACCAUGGCGUCUGCAAGGACGGCAUCGCCACCUACAACUGCGAGUGCGAGCCGGGCUUCACGGGCGCCAUCUGCAACGUGCAGAUCCAGGAGUGCCACAGCAGCCCCUGCCAGAACGGAGGCCGCUGCGUCGACAUGGUCAACAAGUACCAGUGCGUCUGCCCGACGGGAACCUCCGGUGACAACUGUGAAAACAACUAUGACGACUGUGCCAGUAACCCGUGUGUGUAUGGAGAGUGUCAAGAUGGAAUCAAUGAAUACUCGUGUGUCUGCGAUCCAGGCUACACAGGGAAGAAAUGCGAUGAGAACAUUGACGAGUGCAGCUCCAGCCCGUGCCUCAGCGGUGGCACCUGUGAGGACAAAGUGAACGGCUUCCAUUGCCUGUGCCCACCUGGCACCCACGGACCCCUGUGCCACUCUGGGGCGGACCACUGUGCCCCGAUGCCCUGCCGACAUGGAGAGUGUGUGGAACAACAGGACGGGUAUAGAUGUGAGUGCAAACCUGGCUGGGUGGGGCAGCACUGUGAGCAGGACAAAGAUGAAUGCCAGUCCAACCCGUGUCAGAAUGGAGCCACCUGCACCGACGGGCCUAACACCUACACCUGCAGGUGCAACCCUGGCUACACAGGUGUGAACUGCCAGAUCAACAUAGACGAGUGCGAGUCCAGCCCCUGCCUGAACCAGGGCACCUGUGAGGAUGCCAUCAACGGCUACACUUGCAAAUGCCCACUGCCCUAUACAGGCACACACUGUGAGACGGAGUUGGCUCCGUGUCAGUCCAAGCCCUGCCAGAAAGGAGGAGAGUGUCAACCCUCCAGUGACUACACCUCUUACACCUGUCGCUGUCCCAAAGAAUGGCAAGGUCCCCAGUGCACAGAGGACGUGGACGAGUGCCGGAAAAAUCUGUGUCUGAACCGCGGCCGCUGCCAAAACACACCCGGCAGCUACGUGUGCAAAUGUCAACCUGGCUACGGUGGCCUGAACUGCCAGAACAACAUUGAUGACUGCGCACCAAACCCCUGCCUGAAUGGAGGCACCUGCGUUGACAAGGUGGGCCGUUACUCGUGCGAGUGUGCCGCCGGUUUCGUUGGCGAGCGCUGCGAGGAGGACGUCAACGAGUGUGCCAGCUCCCCGUGUCGGCACGGCGGCAAGUGCAAGGACUACGCCAACAGCUACACGUGCGAGUGCCCGCUGGGCUUCCACGGCCAGAACUGCGAACACAGCAUCCCGCAGUGCUCCGAGAGCUCCUGCCUGAAUAAUGGCACCUGUGUGGACGGGAUUAACACCCACUCCUGCCGCUGCCGGCCGGGCUUCAGUGGCCUCUACUGCGAGAGGGAGAUCGACGAGUGCGAGAGCCAGCCUUGCAAGAAUGGCGGCACCUGCACCGACGACGUGGGCACCUACCGUUGCACCUGCCCUGCCGAGUACACCGGCUUAAACUGCCAGUACAUGACCGAUCUGUGCAGCAAGAUCGUGUGCCAGAACGAGGGCAGGUGCGCCCAGACGAAAACAACGUGGCGCUGCCACUGCCCCGAGGGCUGGUCAGGCGUCUACUGUGACGUGCCCAACAUCUCAUGCCAGGCCAUCGCCACCCAGAGAGGCACCUCAGCGGAUAAAGUGUGUCAGCACGCCGGCAUCUGUGAAGACACAAGCAAGACUCACCGGUGCCACUGCCAGAAGGGCUACAUGGGCAGCUACUGUGAGAAAGAGGUGGACGAGUGCCUGUCCAAUCCCUGCCGCAAUGGUGCCACUUGCAUCGACUACCAGGGCGGCUACGCGUGUACGUGCAAAAAUGGUUUCCAGGGGGUGCACUGUGAAUACGACGUGAACGAGUGUCAGUCCAAUCCCUGCAACAACGGAGGCACCUGCCACAAUCUGGUCAACCACUUCAGGUGCUCCUGUCCUCCUGGCACACGAGGAGCGCAGUGUGAAGAGAACCCGGACGACUGUGCCUCAGAUAGUCGGCCGCACUGCCUGAACGGCGGCCAGUGCGUGGACGGCAUCGGGCGCUACUCAUGCUCGUGCCCGGCGGGCUUCACCGGGGAGCACUGCGAAGGCGACAUCAACGAGUGCCUGUCGCGCCCCUGCCACCCCUCGGGAAGCCUUGACUGUGUGCAGCUGGCCAACGACUACCAGUGCCGCUGCCGCAUGGGCUAUACAGGUCGGCACUGUGAAUCUAUGCUGGACUUGUGUCAGUCCAAGCCAUGCCACAACAACGGUCACUGCUUUAUGAACGGGAGCUCCCACGACGGAUACUCGUGUAGAUGUCAACCAGGCUUCAGAGGCCCCAACUGUGGUGAUUUUGAGGGCUACACCUGUGCCAACGUACACUGCCAGAACGGAGGCAUGUGCCUGACAGGUGGCAUCCCCAAGUGCCGCUGCCCGCUCGGCUUCGUCGGCGAUUUCUGCGAGACCGUCCAGAACUGCCCGUGCCAGAACGGCGGCUCGUGCGUGCCCGACCCGCACAACCGCAACCAGAUGACCUGUCGCUGCCCGCACUCCUUCCAGGGACGGCACUGCGAGCGCGCCUCGCCGGAGCUCGGCGCCGUGCCCUCCUGCCCGUACAUCCAGUGCGAGCAGACGUACGGGGACGGCCUGUGCGACCAGCAGUGCAAGAACCAGGAGUGCGCGUGGGACGGCGGCGACUGCUCGCUGCACUGGCCCAAGCCCUGGGAGAACUGCACGGCGUCCGUCCACUGCUGGGACCUCUUCCGCAACGGCCGCUGCGACCCCGAGUGCGACAAUCCCGGCUGCCUCUUUGACAACUUCGAGUGCGAGGAACCCAGCCCGUGCAAGUAUGACGACUACUGCAAGGAUCACUAUGCCAACGGCUACUGCAACCAGGGCUGCAACACGGAGGCGUGCGGCUGGGACGGCCUGGACUGCGCGGAGGACGUCCCGCCCAAGCUGGCGGACGGCACGCUGGUGAUCGUGGUGCUGCUGCAGCCCGACGAGCUCAAGCGCGACCUCAAGGGCUUCCUGCGCACGCUCAGCACCUUGCUCCGCACCAACGUGCGCGUCAAGCUGGACGACCAGGAAAACUCCAUGAUCUUCCCGUACUACGGCGACGACAAGCCGGACGACGGCGGCCGGGCGAAGCAGCGUGGCAAGAGGGAGGUUACCAAGGACGCCAUCGGCUCCAAGGUGUUCCUAGAGAUCGACAACCGGCAGUGCGCGCAGAACUCCAAGGAGUGCUUCACCAGCACGGACCUGGCCGCCUCCUUCAUAGCGGCGGAGUACCUCAAAUCCGGCCUGUUCUACCCCGUCGUACAAGUCGACAGUGAUCACACACCGUCGGCCCACCCGCCGCAGUGGCUGUACCUGUGCGCGGUGGCGGCGGCCAUCAUCCUGGUCAUCCUGGUGCUGGGCGUCCUGGCGGCCAAGAGGAAGCGCAAGCACGGCAUCCUGUGGCUGCCCGACGGCUUCCUGGCCAACAACAACAGCAAGCGCCGCGAGCCCGUCGGCCAGGACGACUUCAGCCUCAAGAACAUGCAGAAGCCCCAGGAUGGAAGUCUGUUGGACGGCAACCAGGGCCAGUGCUGGUCAGAGGAGGAGCAUCCGCCCAAGAAGCCCAGGAUGACCACUCCUCAGAUGGAGGACAAGCCUCUUCUGCCUAUGGACGGUGCAGUGGACAGAAGGGAGUGGACGCUGCAGCACCGCAAGGCUGCGGACAUCACCCUCACACCCCCGCAGGCUGACCUGGACAUGGACUGCUUGGAUGUCAACGUCAAAGGACCAGACGGCUUCACGCCUCUGAUGCUGGCGUCGUUGCGUAGCAGCGGCGUGGAGUGCAGCAGCGUGCUGGACGAGGAGGAGGAGAGCGGCGCCGACGAGGCCGGCUCCAACGUCAUCAGCGACCUGAUCGCCCAGGGCGCCACGCUCAUGGCGCAGACGGACCGCACCGGGGAGACCGCCCUGCACCUGGCCGCCCGCUACGCACGGGCCGACGCCGCCAAGAGGCUGCUGGACGCCGGCGCCGACCCCAACGCUCACGACAACAUGGGCCGCACGCCGCUGCAUGCCGCCGUGGCCGCUGAUGCCCAGGGAGUGUUCCAGAUCCUGAUCCGGAACCGUGCGACUGAGCUCGAUUCCCGCAUGAACGAUGGCACCACACCACUCAUCUUGGCUGCACGUCUUGCCGUGGAGGGCAUGGUAGAGGAACUGGUGCACUGCCACGCAGACGUCAAUGCUGUCGAUGAUCAUGGCAAGUCAGCUCUGCACUGGGCAGCCGCAGUCAACAACGUCGAGGCCGUCCUGGUGUUGCUGAAAAACGGAGCCAAUCGAGACAUGCAGGACAACAAGGAGGAGACUCCUCUGUUCCUGGCGGCGCGGGAGGGCAGCUUCGAGGCGGCCCAGGUGCUCCUCGACCACUACUCCAACCGCGACAUCACCGACCACCUGGACCGGCUGCCGCGCGACACGGCCCAGGAGCGCAUGCACCACGACAUCGUGCGCCUGCUGGACCAGUACAACCUGGUGCACAGCCCACACGCCGGCCCCAACCACCUGGGCGGCGGCAACGGAGGAGGACACUCCUCCAUGGUGUGCGGGGGCGCCGGAGGACCGGGAGGCUUCAUGGGCAUGCGGCCCGGCCCGCAGGGCAAGAAGAACCGGAGGGGAGCCGGCGCCAAGGUGAGCGGGGGCGCCGGAGGACCGGGCAGCGGCGGAGGACCCAAGGAGCUGAAGGACAUGAAGGCCAAGAGGAGGAAGAAGCCGGCCGGCGGGGAAGGGCCUGCAGGAGGAGGAGCCGUGCCCGUGGGAGCAGGAGGAGGCGCAGGAGGAGGAAUAGGGAGUAAUGCCGCCGCUGCUGCUGCUGCUGCUGCCGCUGCCGCCGCCAAUGCCAAGGGCCCCGGCUUGUCGGAGAGCUCGGUCACCAUGUCGCCCGUGGACUCGCUGGAGUCGCCGCACUCGUACGCCGGAGACGCGGCCGCGGCGGCGUCCGGAGCCGCCACGUCGCCGCCGCUGCUGAGCAGCCCCACGCCGCGCCAGCUGCUGCCCCCCGUCAGCCACAUGCUGGCCAGCCCGCAGCAGUGGGUGGCCAUGGGCAAGCACGGAGGCGGCGGAGGCUACGGCGGCGGGGGCGCCAUGUUCGGCACCAUGCCCCACCAGAUGGGCGCCUCGCACCACGGCAUGUCCCAGCACCACAGCCCGGGCCUGCUCACGCCCAUGAACAUCACCAUGAGCCGCGAGCAGCUGCCGCCCAUCGUCACCUUCCAGAUGAUGCCCGGCGGGGGUCAGGCCAUGCUGAAGCAGCCGCAGAUGCCCGGGCAGAUGCAGGGCCAGGGCCAGGGCCACCCCCAACAGGGCUCUGCCCACCUGCACUGCACCCAGAUGUACCCGAUGCCCGACGUGGGGAUGUCGCACGGCAUGGCCCACCAGCUCUCCCACGCCCACUCGCACAGCCACACGAUGCCCAUGGGCAUGGUCGAGGGCCAGGGCCGCCAGCUGCCUCCGUACCAGCCGCUGCAGAGCCCCGUGGAUAAGUACCCCACGCCGCCGUCGCAGCACAGCUACGCCACCACCGGCUCGGAGGGCACCACGCCCGGGCACCCCACGCAGCCGGCCAGCGAGCACCCCUACCUCACCCCGUCGCCCGAGUCGCCCGACCCCUGGUCCUCGUCCUCGCCCCACUCCAACUCGGACUGGUCGGACGUCACCACCAGCCCCACGCCGCUGGGGAACGUGCACGCGCUCGCCCCGCCCUGCCACACACACAUUCCAGAGCAGGCGCAGCUGCAGCCGCCCGCGCAGCCGCAGACGCCGCAGGCCCAGCAGCCGCAGCGGAGCAGCAUCUACGCCUGAGACUCCAGACUGCAGACCUCGCGCGUGCGCCGCUCGGCUUAGCUCGCGUCAGCUGAGCUCGCUGGUGGAAGCUACAGUGUUUUCCUUUUUUGGUCGUUUUUUUUUUUUUCCUUUUCUUUUUUUUUUUUAAAGAAAAUUCCUUUGUCUUAAUCUCAUAUCCACUAGUUACUGUCUCCUCUUAUGUCUAUUUGUGAUGCUUUUAUUGCUAUGCACUUCAGUAUUUGGUAGGGUGUGUGUAUGUGCGUGUGUAUAUGUAGUUACUGAAUCUCUUCUUCUAAUACUGCUUGUUGUGCCCAAGUAAAAUGAAAGAAAUUAUAUCCAGUAUAACCAGCUAGGAUUAGAACACGUCUCGUCAGUUCAGCCAGGUCCAACAAGUCCAGGCCUGUGGGACAGCAUAAACAAUCAUCGAAAAGGAGUCAGGACUAAUGAAGGCUGAAACUAAUGACCUUAACGGAUGGAUGAUGCUUGGAAAUCCAUGUUGUGGCCACGAUCAAAAGGAGAUUAUUGUGUCAUCUACGGACAGUGAUAUAACUGUGGCCACCAAAACAAGGGACACUUUCUGCUGCCCUUGUUGGGCUGUUUUUCUUCUUCUUCUUAAACUUGUGCUUUAUACAUUUUGAAGGAUAUUUGGUCAACGAAAGCUUUUCUUUCAUCAUCGUUUUUUGUCUAUAAGUCAAAUGUUGCUAGUGCUUCCUUGUGUACCAGGUUAUUGUUAAUUUAAUGAUGAUGUGUCUUUUUUGUUGUAUGAUGGGUCAAUCUGCUUUAGGAGAGAUGUUAUCUUGAAGCUUAAACUGCCUUUUACUGUUCUCAGCAGAUGGAAUCUGUAUGGUGAUUUGUGGUUUUGUCUAAGAUGAAUUCAGAUUUUUGCUCAAAAGAGCAACCACGAGAAAGACAAAUGCACACAAAGAGCACAGCACACAGGCACAGCUGUGGAAGGGGUGGUUCUAAGCUCAACUGUGGUGUAAAUCGUUUGAACUUCACGUUUCCUGUCUUUAUAAGUGUCUCUAAAAUGGCCUGGUAUCUCUGUUACUGUGUUUUUUUUGUACAGCCUGUGCUUUAGAGAGGUGGGGUAACAGGAAGGUAUGGCUACCAGUACCUAUGUUCAAUUGGCACUAAAGUCAUCAAAACUUAAUAAUGGAGAAAUUAGUUCUUGAUUUGGCAGUGAUAAUGUAUCAUGUGAUUGUAUUUUUCAAAUUGAUUGAUUGAUUUGCAAUUGGCUUAUUAAAGUAUUAGUGAAUAUGUUAACAAGAUUAUGAAAUUCUGGAAGCUGGAGGUAAGGAAAUGUAAGUUGAGACAACUGGAAGCAACGGUAGCCAUGUUAGUAUUGUCCCACGACAGUUUAUGCCAAAGGCACAGUGCCUUUUUACGAACACCAUUAUUGUAAUUACUGUUACUGUUUUACCUGUAUACUGUCAUGUUAUUGUUCUCAUCGGUUUAAACUGUUUCUUAAUUUUCUUAAUUUCUGAAAUUAUGGUUAUUUUCCCAAAUCAAGUAGUCUUCUAUGGUCAUCCACUAUCUUGUACACCUAUUUGAGAUUCUUUGAAUUUUUUUUUUUUUUUUUUUUUGAAAGAAAAAAAAAGAUAUUGUGCUUAGAGAUUUAUUUGUAUUAUGGGGAGUUCUUAUGCCUCAUGGUGUAUGCUUUUUGGAGUUUGUCAUCAUGACACUGUACAAUCAGUUUUUCUUCUUUGCACAGCACAGCACACCAACAUCCUGUAGACCAAAUGGGCAUAAACAACCAAAAUCCUGAAGAUACAACCCAAAAAAGUUACUGUAGUUUCUACACGUAUUUUUUUGUUUUUUCUUGAGGCUGAUUUGAAUGAUUUGUUAUGUUUUAUGUGGUUAUUUUUUUAUUUUUUUAACAAACCAGAGGGUCAGUGUUAAAUUGUACCUACCCAAAGCUAACACACACUUUUGUCAAGGCAAACUUAUCACUAUAGGAAAAAUAAAAUCAUACACACAUACGGUACACAGGGGACUGUCUUAACUCUGCAGACCCCAAUCAGCGAAACAGAACAGAAGAAUGUGUGAGAGGAAAGCAUUACAUUUUCUAGUCUUAUUGUUUUAUACGUGGCAUAUUUUAUUUCCAGUUUUGCUCUGAGUAGGUCAAAUCAGAUGCCUUGAAUGUCAUGUGGGUAAAUGAAACUCAAGUGACCCCUACAAAUUCUCUCUGUGGCACUUAUGCUUGUUUGCUUUAAAGGUGUCAAAGUGUGCUGACUUGUAUCUCUGUGUGCCUUUAGGACCCUUGGUCCCUCAACCCCAUGAUCGAAUCAGCAGGGCUCAAAGAGCAUGGUGUUUUCACUUAAAUAUUAUGCAAGGCUUUUUUUUAUGUUGUAAAUAAACUUUUUAAAAAUGUUCAAUGAACCUUGUUAACCAAAUAUAUACGGUAUAUAUAUAAAGCUAUAUAAAUGUGUAUGUCUUAUAUGAAGUAGAUCUCUCCCGUUGGUACAGCAGUUGAUGAACCUUGUGAAUAAUGGACAAGUCCAAAGUGACCAAGCGAGGAAAUGAUUCGUUUAUAUUUGAAUCAACAAAUAAAGUUGUUAGGAUCUA